GUCGCUGCUAACUUCAGAGCAGUUUGAAUGACAUCUUCGUGACAAUUGACAAAUGUCACGUUCACAAUUUGUCUUGUCUGUGCUUCGACCUUCUUGUGACCUCCUCUGCUACUAAGGUCCCACAAUUUUUAAAUAAUUUUAAAUUUUAAAUCCUGAAAACCAGAUAUAUUAAGCAUCAAAAAUGGCUUCCCGACGAUUUGUAGUAGGUGGUAACUGGAAAAUGAAUGGAACUAAGAAGCAAAUUGAGGAAAUUUGUAAUUUUCUUCAAGCUGGACCCCUAGAUCCCAACACUGAAGUUGUAGUCGGAGUACCUGCAGUGUAUUUAGAACAUGUUCGUAGCAAACUCCCAGCAACCAUAGGAGUAGCUGCUCAAAAUUGUUAUAAAGAAGAAAAAGGUGCAUUCACUGGAGAAUUAUCCCCUCUUAUGCUGAAAGACAUUGGUAUUGACUGGGUUAUUAUUGGUCAUUCAGAAAGGAGACAAAUCUUCAAAGAAACUGAUGCUUUAAUCGCAGAAAAAGUCAAGUUCGCUUUAGAAAAGGGACUCAAAGUCAUCGCUUGCAUUGGUGAGACCUUAGAACAGCGUGAAAGUGGCAAAACUGAAGAAGUUGUAUUCUCCCAAACUCAAACCAUCGCCUGCUUGGUAAAAGACUGGACAAAUGUAGUGAUUGCCUAUGAGCCUGUGUGGGCCAUUGGUACAGGCAAAACAGCAACACCACAACAAGCUCAAGAUGUUCACAAAGCACUCAGAGAAUACAUUGCUAAAAAUAUUGGUGAAGAUGUUGCAAAGAGUGUUAGGAUUCAAUAUGGAGGAUCCGUUACUGGAGGAAACUGCAAGGAAUUGGCAGCUAUGCCUGAUAUUGAUGGAUUUUUAGUUGGUGGAGCCUCUCUAAAACCCGAGUUUGUCAGUAUUGUAAAUGCAAGGCAGUAAGUGUUGUUUUCUGUGAAGUGUAAAAGUGAACGAUCAAUUCAUAUUUGUUAUAUUAAAAUAGACACUUACAAAUUGUAUUUUAUUGUUAAAUAUUUCGAAAGUAUGCAAGAUGAAAUGUACUGGAAAAUUAUGUACUCUUGAAAGGUUAAUGUGUUGAUGUUCAGAUGAGUAUUGCGUUGGAAUAAAUAGUAAAUAUUCCUUAUAUAA